AUGCGCUCGAAAUCUCUGAUGCAUCAAAAACGGAGCGUAAGUGAAUACGGUCAGAAUGCUUUGAGCAACGCGACCAUUUUUAAAACCUUCCCAGUAUGCGCCAGUGUACUUAUUGUGAUACCAGUCGUUUUCUCGGCUCCAGUCAAUGCAGCACACGAAUUUAGAGCCUUUCGCAUGCAGCAUUAUGACCUACAUGGCGUGCCAUAUGGUUCAAGAAGUGCUUUGGUCAACAUGGAAGCUCGUCCGGUUACGGCACGAACCGUCUCUAGAAGAUGCAUUGUAGUAAGAAUGAGAGAUUUGGCUUAUGACCACUUUAAAGCGAUGGUUGGACAAGGAGUAGGGGCUGUCCUUGUCCUUUUGCCUACAAAUAUAUCAUCUUACUCUCCUGAAGAAAUAGAGCAUUUGCAGGAGCUCGAAGAACAGAUGUUACUCGAGGAAUUUCAGCCUGCGUAUUUCACUCGAGAAGAUGAGGAGUUGUUUCAGAUACAUGGUCAGAUAAGCAAAGCUACAACAAGUGAUCAGGCUGGCACAGCAUUUUCAGCAUUAUUUGAUGUUGCUUCAACGAGCGGUUAUCAAAUGGUUGCAAGUACUAGUGAGGCGAAGCAAAUGAAAGAUUUUGUUCUAACCAACAUACAGGGUCGUCUGGUUGGAGAUGGGAUUGAUGAACAAUUACCUACUUUAGCCAUCGUUACUCAUUAUGAUUCAUUUGGUAUUGCACCUGGUCUUGCGACUGGUGCUGACUCCAACGCGAACGGAAUCGUUGCUCUUCUUGAAAUCGCUCGAAUUUUCGCGCAACUUUAUGACGAUGAAACGAUGAAGGCAAAAUACAACAUUGUGUUUCUCCUCUCCGGUGGUGGGAACUUCAACUAUCUAGGUACAAGAAAAUGGCUCGAGGAUCAAAUUGAAAACUCGGAAAACAGCAUUCUGAACGAAGUGGAAUACGUGUUGUGUCUUGACAGUAUCGGCAUCUCAAACCAAAUUUUCAUGCAUGUAUCCAAACCGCCAAAAGAAAAUACGCCCGGACAUCGACUUGUCGAAGCAUUUCGGGAGGUUGCCGAACUUUAUAGCGGCGUUAAUUUCACGCUUGUUCACAAAAAGGUAAAUUUAGCGGAGGAGCUGGUCGCCUGGGAACACGAACGGUUCUCAUUACGUCGUCUUCCUGCUGGUACCUUAUCGCAUUUUAGUAAACCCAAAGAAUUAGGGCGAAGGUCGAUCAUUCAAAAGGAACCCGUCAACAUCAAUAUUUUGGAACAGCAUAUACGUUUCAUCGCGGAGGCAAUCGCAAGACACGUCUACAACACUUCAUCGAAGAUAUUCCGUGGUCACGUGGAGAUCUUUAACGGCGCCAUGGACCUCAAUAUGGACUUCGUGGAGACAUGGCACUAUUAUUUGACUAGCCAUCCUCGAGCUGUUCAAUUUAUAACGAAGAAUCAUCCGUUGCUGAAAGCUUUCGAACAGCAUUUAUCGAAAUACAUAAAAGAAGUGAAGAGGAUUAACAUUAAAGCUGAUAAAAGAGAUCCUGAUUUUGUAUUCUACGAUGCUUUGGAGGCGACCAUGUUUGCCUACAGGGUGAAACCGGCUGUUUUUGAUUUGUUUCUUGCUGCUGGUAUAACCUGUUACAUUGGUCUGUUUUACUUAGCAAUUACGAAAUUUUCACUUUUGGUGGACAUGUUGCCGAAACCGUCCGGCACCUUAAAGAGCAAGUCCGCUUGAGAGGUUCGCUCAGAUAAGUGGCUUCAUAAGCCUCAAUUAACUUGAAAACUGAAUUCAUCUUUAUCUUACAUGAUAUAUAAAUUAAAGAAGAUUUUUGAUA